AUGGUUUCCGGAUUUGCCUAUAGGGCAAUGAAGUUGCUGAAGCAUUCCAUCAUCAACUGCAUUGCUUGGUACCUGACGGCGAAUCGCACUGGUCUACCGCCCCCACGCCGGUGGCCAACCUUCUUGGCCACCUACGCUGCAGUCUAUGUGGCCAGCACGCCCUUGCAGCCGGUAAAGUGGACAAUCAUUGCUGCGAUGUCUCCUGGCAUUGAUCGGCUCAUCAGCCAAGUGUCCAGUCGCUUCGGCUGCUCCAAAAAGCUGGCAGCAGGGUUGAUGUUCUUGAUGAUCAGCCUGACUGCUGCUGGCUUAUGGAUCCUGGGCGUAUGCCUAGCUUGCACCUUGGCCAAAAUUCCAUUAUGGUAA